ACAGCCACAAAAGGGAAAGGUAUUAGGUCCUCCAACACAAUGGCUUUAAACCCGCCAGGAUCGUCUUAAAUGAAAAUAGCCCCAUAGAUAGUGUGUAACUGAAUACGGUAGGAGACAUAAAAAAGCUGGAUUAGCGUGUGCAGUGAUCGAAUAUUGCACUCUCCCCAUACCGUGUCAUUUAAUUGAAUAUUAGCAACCUCACGUCACACCUAGGAACGUGGAAUCUGUCAAAUGUUUGGAAUGCUUCUCAGAUGUUCACAAUGUAAGUACAUUUUUUCAGUCUCGAUUUCACUCACUUCCCGAGUGAUGCACGUGUCCCGAAGUCUGAAAUAUGUACUCUGAAACACCUAUUGGAACUUAGCGUUUUCACGCAGCUGGUGUCAGUAAAGGCAUAUCGGAACUUAGCGUUUUCACGCAGCAAGUGUCGGUAAAUUGCCCCCCAAAAAAUCCAAUGAAGCAAGAAAUGCAAGGUUUACUUCAUACAGCCUUUUAAAUUCAAGAAAGUCAACAGUGCAUCAAAGAAAUGAAAAACCGUCAAUGGUUUGACUAUUUACCUCGAUAAGUGAUAUUCAUCGAGAUUCAAUGCUUUACUCUUUUUUUUAAAAGUUAUUCAUUCGAUAUAUUUUGGUGACAUCUAUUGUAGAAUCUAUAAAUACAUAAAACAUGGCGAGGGCUGAUAGUGUGUUGAUAAGCGGAGAAGAAGAGCCCAGAAUCUCAUGGGAGAAACAAUCCAAAACGCUACACGAAAUCCUGAAAGAAAGUCGACUUCCAGUCGUGGUGAAGAUAAGUACAGAGAAUGUUUUAUCUUCCAGAAGCAAACCAGCAAAUGAUGUCCACAAGCCUUUGUUACUGUACAAAGAAGCAAAAGGUCGAAAGAUAUAUGGCAAAAACGUCACUUCCGUUGAUGUGCUAACUGGUGCGGUAUGUCGUGAGGAUGGUGCUAUGGUUGUGAUUCCAGAAAAUUAUCCAGGAUGGUUCCGACUCAUUGACGACUUGGACAAACCACUAACAACGAUUGCCAACGUUGCCCGGAUCAUGCCCAUUAGAUUCUUGUGUAGUAAACCUGUAUCCGGGUUCUUGUGCGUUCAGAAGGGAAGCAAAAGUAAUCCGGAUGGACUGUUUGAAAAAUUGACAAUUAACCCCGACGUUUAUAAUGUACUGAAUAUACACGAAGAUUUUGUUCGGUACAUGGAUAAAAAGAGAGCGGUGAAAAGUUUGAUGCGGUGCCUGAAAUGCUCCGACAGAGAGGGAACAGAAUUUCUUCUGCCAUUCGACUCAACAGGAGUUUUCUAUCUUAUAGAGUCACGGAAAGCAACCUCGAAAAGACUUAAAGCCGAAAAGUGCGGAUAUGUUUAUUCCAUACAUAGUAUGAUGGAGGCGGGCUUGGCAAAAGACGUCAUACUGAGUUUACUACACGGAAAACCCCCCAACACUCCAUGCGGAUUUACGAAUGUGCUUAAGAUUUGUGACAUUAUCCAGGACCACACUGUCGUGGCCUCCACUCUCUCGGGAACCCCAAAACUAUUAGAGCUUCCAAUCGGACCAACACCGACGUUCGUCAAAGCAAUAAAUCUGGAAGAAAUACAAACCCACCCAGUGUAUCAGAAAGUAGACCGCCACUUAGCAGAGAAUGCUGAUUCUUACGCAAAUGAGAUGAAAGUCCGCCAUAACUACAACAUUCAACCCUCCACGGGAGGUCCCGGGGUACCAAGACUUUCAAUGCCCCAGGGAGUGACCAGAACGCCUAAAUUAAACACGCCCAAAUCUUAGUUUGCUGCCAUUUUUUUUACGCAGGUAUGACCAAAAAAAGGUUUUCUCAUUUCAGCUGAUAUAGUCAAGUCAUAGGGUUUGAAGUACAUGUAUAAGUUUUUGCAAUGCAUAGUGAAACACAUAUAUUCGUUUUAGCGAAUCAACUGUUUAUGAAUUGUAAAUAUCAAAAACAAUAUUACAAGAUAAAAAAAAAAACCACGUGAAGAUUUUCCAUUUUUAUACCCAUAACUAGCUUUUUAUUUUUUAUACACUAAAUUUGAUUAAGUCCACACAAUUUACUCGUUGACGUUACAUUAAAGCCUGUGCUGUAGUUAUUUAAAAUAUCAUUUGUGUUGUUAUUUAAUAAAACCUGUUGAACAGGAAAAUCACAUAAA